UAAGUAAAUUAAUUGAAGAUUAAAAAACAAAAUAGGAACCCUCUCAAGUGCUUCUUCUCUCUCGAAAGUCUCCUCCUACACUCGAACUUCUACUCAAUUCAUGUUCAGGAACUUGGAAUUAGAGUGGUUUCUUUCAGCGAAAUCCUCUUAAGAGACUUGCCCAAUUAUAUUCCAUUGUUCGGUUGAUCGAUUAUCGCGCGAUUCUGGUCAAUUUGAUUUGUCUGCAAGUGUUUCUGAUUAGCGUCAAUAACGCCUGUAUGUGAGAUUUCUUCAGGCAAGCCAUGCUGUGAACUCUAAUGGCGGCAGUGACUCUAUCCUUUGUGCAACCCUGUGGCAUGUGUUUUGCUGGUAGACGAUUGAGAAGUGUGAUUGUAAUCGAAGCUCACAGAGGAAGCUGGAAUAGGAUGAGGUUGAGUAGUUUCCUCUUCUCCAAAGUGUGGAAGGUAUCUUAUCGGUCAAAGCAUAAAUUUCCUGAAAAUUAUCUGGAACAAGUUGAGAAGUCUGCUUCUGCUAGGCUUGAAAAUCAGUCCAAGUUGAUAAACAAGGUUGCAGCUUUGAUGGAGUAUGAUGAUGUGUUUAAUAAGAAAUCUGAUGAGCAAGUCAAGGAAGAACUCGAAUCGGCGUGCAAGAGGUUCCCUGCGAUCACUCUUGGCUAUUCUCCUCCGGUGGAAUUAUACAGCAAGACCAAAUCUUCAGAGGAAACAAAGAGCAUUCUUCAAACUCCAUCUGAAAACAGUUUCCUUCCCACUCCUAUACAUGUAGGAUGGCUUGAUCCGGACAAUCUUUCCGGAACACUGUCCUCCUUCUGUCCGGAGGCUGUGAAUGUUGUUGAUUCUUCCGAUCUCAGAGAAGAAGAAGUUUCAGAUGGUUCUUCUUUUACGGUCCAGGCUGCAACAUCUGAAGUUGUUGAGACAACCUCUGAUGAUUCUGCCGCUCAGCUUUUUCUUAGCUGUACUAUAGGAUGUAUGCCUGGGUUAAGUAAGAGGCACAGUUAUCAGCUAGACAGCUGUGGCUUCCACACGAUGAGGAAGCUAUUGCAUCAUUUUCCUCGAACCUAUGUAGAUUUGCAGAAUGCACAUGUUGAUAUUGAGGAUGGACAGUACUUGAUAUUUGUUGGGAAAAUCUUGUCUUCCAAGGCAGUAAGAGCUAGCUCUUCAUUUUCAUUUCUUGAGGUUAUUGUCAGCUGUGAAGUUACAGGCAAAGACAGAACUCUGGAGAAUCUGACUCAUAAUGCCAAUGCUAAUGGAGGAAAAACAUUUUUUUUGCAUCUGAAGAGAUUUUUCCGUGGUGCUCGCUUUACGUGGCAACCAUUUCUUUAUAGUAUUCAAGAGAAACAUAGACCUGGGGACCUUGUAUGUGUUAGCGGAAAGGUGAAGGCGUUGCCUGCAGAAAAUCAUUUUGAAAUGAAGGAAUACAAUAUUGAUGUACUCAGAGAUGAAGAUGAGUCAUCUCUUCGAGUUCAAGGGAGACCAUAUCCUAUUUACCCGUCAAAAGGAGGGUUGGCCCCAAAGUUCCUUAGCGAUGUUAUCUCCAGGGUUCUGCGCGUUCUCCCUACCAAUAUGGAUCCGCUUCCUAAGGAAAUCACUACAGUUUUUGGCCUACCAUCUCUCCAUGAUGCCUAUAUUGGUAUGCACGAGCCCAAGAAUUUAGAUGAGGCUGAUUUAGCUCGCAAAAGGCUUAUAUUCGACGAGUUCUUUUACCUACAGUUGGCACGCUUGUACCAAAUGCUUCAAGGUCUUGGCACAAAAUUAGAGAAAGAUGUACUGCUGGAAAAGUUUAAAAAUCCAGUGCUCAAUUCCGUUUAUAUAGAAGAAUGGUCCACUCUCACCAAGAGUUUUCUGAAGGCUCUACCAUAUUCCCUUACUCCUAGCCAGCUAAGUGCUGUCUCAGAAAUUAUAUGGGAUCUAAAGCGUCCGAUUCCAAUGAAUCGGCUUUUGCAGGGUGAUGUUGGAUGUGGAAAAACAGUGGUUGCUUUCUUGGCGUGCAUGGAGGUCGUAGCAUCUGGUUACCAGGCAGCUUUCAUGGCUCCCACAGAAUUACUUGCGAUCCAGCACUACGAACAGUUGCGUGAUCUGCUGGAGAAGAUGGAGGGAGUAGCAUCCAAGCCAACCAUUGGGUUGCUCACAGGCUCAACCCCGGCAAAACAGUCACGAUUGAUUCGCCAGGAUCUUCAAAGUGGAGCUAUAUCGAUUAUAAUUGGAACUCACAGUCUCAUUGCUGAAAAGAUAGAGUACUCUGCAUUACGUAUUGCCGUGGUUGACGAGCAGCAACGGUUUGGUGUAAUCCAAAGAGGCAAAUUUAACAGCAAGUUAUAUGGGACAUCUAUGAUAUCAAAAACUGGCUCAGCUGACUCUGAUGAUACUUCCAAAGCUGAUCUCAAUAUGGCUCCUCAUGUUCUUGCAAUGUCAGCCACUCCAAUCCCAAGAUCACUUGCCCUAGCGUUAUACGGAGAUAUUUCUUUGACUCAAAUUACUGGCAUGCCACUUGGGAGAAUUCCAGUUGAGACGCACAUUUUCGAGGGAAAUGAGACUGGCAUCAAGGAAGUCUACUCGAUGAUGCUGGAAGACCUGAAGUCUGGAGGGAGAGUAUACCUUGUGUAUCCUGUUAUUGAACAAUCAGAGCAACUGCCACAGCUCCGUGCUGCUUCUGCUGAGCUCGAAGUAAUAUCCAAAAAGUUUCCAAAGUACAGCUGCGGACUAUUACACGGAAGGAUGAAGAGUGACGAGAAAGAAGAGGCUCUAAGAAAAUUCAGAAGCGGAGAGACACAGAUACUUCUCUCCACCCAGGUGAUAGAGAUUGGUGUUGAUGUUCCAGACGCUUCAAUGAUGGUUGUCAUGAACGCUGAAAGAUUCGGGAUCGCUCAGUUACACCAACUCCGAGGACGUGUUGGCCGUGGAACCAGAAAAUCGAAAUGCUUAUUAGUUGGAUCAAAUACCAAUAGCCUGAAACGGCUGAAUAUGUUGGGGAAAUCAUCAGAUGGGUUUUACUUGGCAAACAUAGACCUUCUUCUACGUGGACCUGGUGAUUUGCUUGGGAAGAAACAGUCCGGGCACUUACCAGAGUUCCCGGUCGCUAGGCUAGAGGUAGACGGCAAUAUGUUGCAGGAAGCCCACAUAGCCGCUUUGACAGUCCUUGGAGAUUCUCAUGACCUUGAGAAGUUUCCAGCGCUUAAAGCAGAGCUUAGCAUGAGACAGCCACUUUGUCUACUAGGGGACUAAAAGGUUGCACAGGCCACAAUGUACAUACCAUUUUCCUAGUAGUACAUACUCGGAAUGGGGAUGGUGAGUGGACCCACAGGAGUUUUAUGGGGUAGCAGCAACCAAUGAGGAGAUUCACGGGGAGGGACAAAGAGACAAAUGGUGGCCCACAAAAUGUUUCCUACCCAAUCAUCAAAGAAUGGGACCCACUAACCUCCUUGUCUCCUCCAUGUCUUUUGCCCCCAACAAAAAAAAAACCUUCUCUUCGAUAUUGAAACUUGAAGUGUUGGUAAGUUGUUUCACAUCUCAUGGACACUUCUUGUGCGCGAAUCGGUGUCCUUCAUCAUUCUGCGUCUCCUUUGUCACUAACAAAUCAGUCCAUCGUAUAAACCACUUAGCUUUCUCUACUAUACAAUACAAGAUCUAGAUUGAAUCGAUCAUUAUUAAAGUAUAUCAGACAUGUUUUGAGGAAUCGAAACAUAAUCAAGAGAUCAUCGUUUGAGAUACAACCCUGUUUGAGAGCUAUAAUUGGUGCGAGUCGACAAUAUUUUGAUGAUGAUUAUGGGAUUCUACAUUAUUUUAUAUGAUGAAUUAGCAUGGGAGGUGGGGUUGAUAAAGGCAAUCAUGAUAAGACAAUUCUCUUGUUUAUUUUGAACACUACAAGACCAAAAGCUUUCACGCAUAACUAUGCCGGCUUUUGAACCCCCUUGUUUUAUUUACAAUAUUCUGUAUAAUGUAGUUGCAUUAAUGUUAUUGAUGAUUGUCUUUUGAGCGAUUUUGUUGGAACUGAAAUUGAAACCUUAUGAGUAGCA